UUAAAAGAACCGGUGCAGCGAGACCACCUUCCAGACAGAGAGAAAGGACGGGGCGUUUCUGCCUUUCCCUGGCUAAGAAUCUUCUCCCCAUUUACCGGCACCAAAGGAUGUGAUGAUUUAUUCCUAUAACUUUCGUAGUUUGCUGAGGUGGUCUCCUGUGAAAGUGGAUAGAGGCUCGGUGUUAUAUACAGUCCAUUUUAAAACAGGGGCCUUUAACCAGUGGGAUGAGAUGAACUGCACCCGUAUCGCCCAGACUGAAUGCAGUUUCCCCUGGUCACUUAAGGAGCGGCGCUGGACUGUUGUUUUGCGCGUGAGGGCUGAGCUAGGGCAAGUGACUUCUGACUGGGUAGAAACAGAUCCAUUUGUGGCAGAGAGAAACACUACUAUAGGGCCCCCUAAAGUGAACAGUGUGACUGUAAGCUCUGACUCACUUCUCAUUAGUGUCACACCCCCUUUUGGAUCUGAAGCAGGUGACCUUCUUCAGUAUCAUGUGUCCUACUGGGAGAACGCAACAAGUACUACUAAAAAAGAGACAAAGAUGAGCAAUACACUAUUCAAAAUCAGAAAUCUAAAGGAAUCGACACUUUAUUGUUUUAGAAUUCACAUAGAAUUGAUGACACAUUCAGAUCUCCAGUUACUUGGACGGCAAAGUGUCCCAGAGUGUUACAGAACUACAAUCAGUGAGGCAACCAGAGCUGGAUAUAUUAUACUAAUAUUUGUGUUGGUGUUACUUUUUGUAAAUCUGGGAGCAGUUGGUUUGUUGCUUCUGUGGAGACACCACAAAACAAUUAAAUAUUGGUCUCGGCCACCUUUAGAAAUCCCAUCACACUUUGAAGAGUAUUUGAAAGACCCUAGCAUGCCUGUUUUAGAGCUGUUGGACAACUAUGCCGAGGACGAUCCCUGCGAUUCCUCAUCUGUUGUGUUUUGUGGAGAAGGAAGCCAAGCCUGCGGCAGCGGUUUGGACGGUCAAGCUCAUUCACGCAGCGUCUCCAGUGACAAUGAAGUAACGGGAGCGGCGCCCUAGCGAGAAUGCCUGUGCCAAGCCUUUGCAGAGGCUCCCGCCCGUGAGCAGCACCGUGUGGCUACUGGCAGGACAGACAAAAU